AUGCACGGCCCAAUGUAUUCACAACCACCAGCACCAGCACCCCAUCCUUUCGGAACCCAUCAAGCCGAUCCUGCAGCAGCAGCAGCGGCAGCAGCUACUGCCACCACCCAUCAUCAUAACAAUGUCUCGACACCUACAACCAAUAGCACAAAUCAAGGCUUUUAUACACAGCUACCACCCAUCACAACAGCGGCUGUCAAUCCAAUGUCCGCAGCAGCAGCCCACUUUGCUGCAACCGAUUUGCCUGAACCUAAUGGUGGAAGCCUUAGCAUGCUUGACCACAACAAUACACAUCAUGAUGACAUGGAUUCACGUAGAUCCAUUUCCACCACCAGCUCUUACUCAGCCGCAAGUAUGGGUGGUCAUGGCUCAUGGAUGUAUCCAACACCACAUCAACAGCUGCCGGCUGUUCCUAAAGAUAGCAUUUCGCCAUCGGCAUCAUCCACACACGAGUUGCCAUAUCAUGGACAACCAACACCCACACCAUCAUGUGAAAAAGCAAGCACAAGCAGCAGCAGCACUGCUACACAUCCCAAGCGACAUCGCACCCCAUCAACCAAGGACAUCCACGUGGAAAAGAAUACCGAGGGCAAGCCACCUUACUCAUAUGCCACUCUCAUCAAAUACGCAAUCGAAAAUAGCCCACAAAAGAAGCUUACUUUGAGUGAAAUUUACCAGUGGGUGAUUGAACACUAUCCUUACUACAGCACAGCUGGCACUGGUUGGAAGAACUCUAUCCGCCACAACCUUUCGUUAAACAAGAGCUUUGUACGUGUGGCACGACCGAUUAAUGAGCCUGGCAAAGGAUCAUAUUGGGUGGUUGACUAUAAUGCCGUUGAAGCUGAACACCGUUCUCGUUACUCAAUGUCUAUGCGUGGUGGUCGUAAUAGCCGUUCUGGAAGUGAUCCUGCUCCCUCACCUUAUCGUCCUGAAUCAUGGUCAUCAUCACUCAACCCUGGUGCCACAACUUCUGCAGCUGCCGCUAGUGGUCGACGAUACCGUGAUGGUCGUUCUUUAUCCGCUGAUGCAAAUGCUUUGUCAAUGUUGCCACAACAACCACAUACCACCAACGCAGCUGCUGUUGCUGCUGCUGCUUCAAAUACAUAUGGUUACUAUCCUUACUACAACAGGCCUCACUUUGGUCAUUAUCAUCCAUCACCAACACAACAGCAACAACCACAAACACCUCAUCAUCAUCAUCACCACCAUCAUCAUCAUCAUCCACAAAUGCAUCCACUCCAGCGACCUGUUGAUAGCUUUUCCACUCGCUCUACCACGAGCGGCGGCCCGUGCGCUCAACCAGGAGUAUCCAGCAUGGAUGUGUACAUGGAAGAUGUUACCUUAGGGCAUCCACCUCAUCAUCAUUGCCAUCACCAUCAUCGCCCUUCAUCAUCAUCGGCAUCUUUGCAGCAUCAGCCUCUCACGAUGCCAUCGGAAACGAUGUAUGAUACGACUACCCACGGCAAUAGUAAUAUGUAUGCAUAUGCAUACGGGCAUGCAGCAUCAUCGCAGCAGCAACAACAACCCCCAUUGUCGUCGUCAUCAUCAUCUAGGGUACCAUCCCCCAUACAAAACAACAGUAGCACUGCCGGUAUUGUAUCAGAUCAAGGUGUCCAUGCAUAUAACGCCACGUCAACACAAGCAUCGGCCGAUUCGGGUGCAGAUAACAACAACGAUGCUAGCCUCCCAUCAUCCCCCUCCACUACCAAAUCACUCUCAUCCACGUCUCCAUCCUGGAAUCAUCAUCUUGACAAGGCACCCAAACACCUUGACACUGCUGUUGCCUUUGAUGCCUCCAAUCAAGUACCAUCACCUUUACCUGCAGCAUGGCCCUUGUAA